AUGGCUAGGACAGUAGCUAGGAGUGUUGCAACUCCAUUAUUGUUUCUAAACUUAAUAAUGUAUUUAAUUGUGUUGGGUUUUGCUAGUUGGUGUCUCAAUAAGUACAUUAAUGGCCAAACUAAUCAUCCUAGUUUUGGUGGAAAUGGAGCUACGAUGUUCUUUCUAGUAUUUGCGAUACUAGCGGCGGUUUUGGGAAUAAUAUCGAAGGUUUUGGGUGGAAAUCAUUUGAGGGCAUGGAGAAAUGAUAGUCUUGCUGCUGCUGGUUCCUCAGCUAUUGUUGCUUGGGCUGUCACUGCACUAGCUUUUGGGUUGGCAUGCAAGGAGAUAAAUAUAGGAGGGUGGAGAGGAUGGAGGCUUAGAGUCCUUGAAGGAUUCACUAUAGUUCUAGCAUUUACACAACUCCUCUAUGUUCUCAUGCUUCAUGCCGGAAUGUUCAGCAGCCGUUACGGUCCCGGUUACCGAGAGCCGGAAUAUGGCUCCGGCGGAGUACCUCCGGUGGGAGAAAAGGGUGUAGGGGUACCAACAACAGCGGUGUAA